GCGGCCGAGCCGUUCAAAUGCGCUCUCGUGUGCCCGGAGCAGCAGUUCGUUCCGCCCAUCCUACCGCUUUGGGACGACAGGUGCCGUGGCUCCCUUCUUCCACGCCAUGUCGACGACAGCGCUGCAGGGAAGACGCAUGUUCGCCGUCGCUGCACUGAUCGCCCUGACAGUGGUCAGCCCGGCCGUUCUCGCUAACGUCAUCAGGGCCGACAACAAGCUUCACCCGCCCAGCUCGCAAAACGAGGAGUUCGCGGCUUUCAACGCUACACGCGCUAGCCAGCAGUGGGCUGGAUCAGCUUUUUCUUUUGGAGGAGGGGGAGGGGGGCCUCGGCGACCGUCCUACGUCGUGGCUGUUCACCGUGGGAUUUCGCAGUGCGAGCCGCAGCAGGUCCAGCGCCGGGAACCUGACGUCAUCACUUGUAAAUUUAGACUCUCCAGACGCUCUGCCUUAAGAAGGGUGCAAGCUUUCCUCCGCCGUGGCUUCCCCGUACCCCGAGACGCUUCUCCCGAUUUGGCUUGGGCUCGCCGGCUGGUUGCGUCUUGGCGGAAGAGGGGCGUGGCGAAGCUCGGGGAGCGGACGGAGACGAGCUUGCUGAACUACAACUACUACUACAACAACGGCAACAUGACGGAGUGUAGACUACCCUCACCGUGCGGCUGGUUUAUGUACCACCCCGUCGAGAGGAACUUCCUCCACUACUUGCAAGUAUGCUACUGUCCGACCGGGAUGCGCUGCUUGGCAGACCGCGACGACGUGUCCAUCUCCUGCUGGGUCUACAAGUGCAAAGUGGCGCCCCCCGGAACGCCAGCGAACCCCCCCGUGGAACCCCCGAUGUGACCCCCUCCACGAUUUGGUGAUGCCCUCUAUUGGACCCGGGCAUAGCGAGUGAAAGAAAAAAAAAAAAGAUGUUAGAGUACGUGCAUGUAAUCCGCUCGCAUGCACGUCGCCUUGGUCAUGUACUACAGGGAAGAGUAAAGAGCACGGGAGGCGUUGGACGACGAAGCAACGAGCUGGCGUGUUUUGGCCAGCUGUGACGCAUUGGAGCAGAGAAGGACGAUGCGCGUGUGUUGGCGGCAGGGUGGCGGCCGUGUGUGCUGGACUCUCCUCAGUUUGCUCGAUGGCCCUUCUUUUGCCGCCAUUCUUCGGUUAAUGCCGCAGCAAUGCUCCCUGCGUCGCGUCGGACCGUUACGUUGCUUUCUUUCUCUCCACUGUUCCUCGACACUUUCGGCUUCUUUCCAUGGGGUGACCCGCUACGUCGAGGCUUCAUAAAAAGCCGCCUACGCGAUGUUUUUAAUUUUAAAUUACGGGAUUUUACGUGUGAAAACCACGUUCUGAUUAUGAGGCCCACCGUAGUGGAAGACUCCGGAAAUUUCGACCACCUGGGGUUCUUUCACGUGCAUUUAAAUCUAAGUACAUGGGCGUUUUCGCAUUUCGCCCCCAUCGAAAUGCGGCCGCCGUGGCCGGGAUUCGAUCCCGCGACCUCCUACUUAGCAGCCCAACACCAUAGCCACUGAGCAAUCACAGCGGGUAACGCGAUGUUUUUGCGAAAAUGAACAUGACUUUCAAUUGAUUCAUUUUGUAUCACAUUUGCAUUUGUUGUUUCGCCGGUAAAUAUUUAUAUAUGCUCACCCCACCGCCGGUGCCAUCCGAUCAGCCCUGUCCUGGUGCCAACCACUGCACUCUUGCGUUCGCUUCGGCUACGUCGAGGCGAUAUUACCGCUAGCUCAUCCCUUGAAAGCGUAAUUUAUUUGUUUUAAUCACAUCACGCCUCGGCGACAAACAAGCUGCGUACGUCAUAGGCCAGAAAGAAAGCGCGAGUUCCUUGCCACGGCAGGUGGCGCGAGCGGGCUGCCAAGCCGGCUGGCGCACUUCCUGCUGCGGCCGUCUCGAGCCUCUGCGCUUGUUUUAUGCCCGAGCGGUCUUCGGGACACGAGGGUUUUGUAUCGUAGCGCUUAAGACUUAAUGCACCUAUCUUGUCAGUGGUCAAUGGGAUAUUCGUCGUGUACGAAAAUACCCGCUUACGUUGCUUUAUUUAUUCGCACACCACUUCUUUGCAUCCCAUAUCCUCCUCUGUAGAGGACGUGGCUCUCACUAUCUGGAAAAGGAACAACUCUCACUGCACCUUUCUUUUCAUUUUGUCAACGAGCCAUAUUACGACGAGCAAGAACCAUUGUCUGCUGCACAAGUGUAUUGUUUGUUUAUAUUUCUGAGCGCUAGUGCUCCGUGCGGUCGUAUGUUAUUUCAUAGUGCAAGGAAUAUAACGAAGAAAAAAACUAAACACAUGAUCGCAACACUCCUCAUAAAAUUGCUACAGCUCUCCAAGGAGUGUCCUCCUUGCAAGGGUCAUUAUACUGCAAGCUAAAAAUGGAUAUGUGGGGAACGGUAGCUAUCGCAAAUGCAUAAUUAGGUGCUUUCUUUAUUCAUUCUCUUCUGUGUGCAUUUUCCGUAUAUCAUUGUUGUGUACAGUAUGUUCACGUGUGCUUCACGGAAUACGAAAGCGUGUUCCUUUAUGUACGACCCAGUUUUCUUGUAUUAUACUGUAGCGUUUCACAUCAUUACUGUUGCAACCCGUUCUCAUUUUUUCACACACACUGAGAUGAUUUCGUCGCUGCUCUGCGCUGCCAAAUGUGCAACAGGAGAGCGGAUGCAAAUAAAUUCAAAAAGACUUCCUUA